CUGCCUUCCGGGGCCGGCCGCGUCCUGCCUGCCGCUGCUGGCAUGCUGCUGCUGCGGCCGGGCGGUGCUGCAGGCCGGGCCUCGCUGCCGCUGGCCGCCCUGUCCCAGGUGCUGCGGCUGGAGCGGAGCCGCCGCACCGCGAUCGUAUUCCCGCUGCAGAAGCUGGAGCGGUACCUGGCGCCCGGCACGGACACGGCGCCGUUCCGCCUCUUCCAGCCCGGGCUGGCUGCCCUGCAGCGCGCCGAGGCGCUCUUCAGGUCCGACCGCGGCCACCCCAUCGACUACGUGAGCUCCGCCGUGCGCAUGGACCAUGCCCCGCCGCCGGCCCUGCCCGAGGUGUGCUUCAUCGGCCGAAGCAAUGUGGGGAAGUCAUCUUUAGUCCGGGCCUUGUUUUCACUGGCUCCAGAAGUGGAAGUUAGAGUGUCAAAAACUCCAGGCCACACCAAGAAGAUGAAUUUCUUCAAAGUAGGGAAGUACUUUACUCUGGUGGAUAUGCCAGGAUACGGCUAUCGUGCCCCGCAGGACUUUGUUGAGAUGGUGGAGGCCUAUCUGCAGGAGCGGCACAACUUGAAGAGGACUUUUCUAUUAGUUGAUGGUGUAGUUGGACUCCAGAAAACAGAUCAUAUUGCAGUAGAGAUGCUGGAAGAGUUUGGGAUUCCUUAUGUGAUGGUGUUAACAAAAAUUGACCGAGCUUCCAGGGGAUUAUUGUUAAAGAAUGUACUGAAGAUCCAGGAGUUUGUAAAGGAGAGCACUCAGGGAUGCUUUCCUCAGCUGUUCCUGGUCAGUUCUGUGGAGUUCUCAGGGGUUCACUUGCUCAGGUGUUUUGUGGCCCAUGUUACUGGAAACCUGCCCACUGUAGAGGCCAGCUGAAAAGACCUACCGAUCUGCUUGGCUCAUCAGGAACAAAAGUAGGUGUAGCAGGAUAGCAUGCCUUGCUUGCAGACAUUGAGUUGUCCCUGUUCCACAAGGAUGAAGGAGAGAACACAUCUUUAUGGGAUCUGCUUUUCCAGGAGUGUUGGCUUGAAACAGAGUGGAAUAAAAGACCGACAUAUAGAGGAGCCCUGUCCUGAACACUGUCAUGAGUCAGUGCUGCAUCUACCUUCUGAGAUCCAGCAUGAAUUUCUGCGGCUCCACGUGGAUGAAUUGCCAGAUCUGAGGCACACCAUCCAUGAUCUGUAUCUGCUCUAGCCUGGCAGCUGAAGCACAACACGGAUACGUCCUGUAUGCUUCAGGGGAACUGCUUCCCACAGCAGCUGUGUCUGUCUAAGAGCACUUGAAACUGUCCAGUUACAAGGCAGAACUGGACAAAAGGACAGCCAUCAAUAGCAGACCUCAUACAGGAGAACUUAGUCUAAAGUUAUGAAUUGCCUGUGUCAAAUCCUGGCACUCAAUCUUUGCCAUGUCUUGACGUGGCCAGAUGUAGUUAUGCAGUUGUCAGUUACUUUCAUGAAGUGUUUAAACCUCCAGAAAGGAAAGUUCUUUUGUAAACCCCUCUGGCAGUGCAAAAGGACUAGAAAUAUCACUUUCUUUCACUGUGCAAUUUCUUGUACCACACUAGACAUGUAUGCUGUUUUCAGCAUACAUGUAAGAAGACGAGCAUGUGAGGAAUGCGGUAAAUGUGGCUUUCUAACCUCUGCACCUUAGUGAUCAAACCUGUAAUUCUGUUAAUAUUUUGUCUCUAGUCCCAAAAUGCUUCAGGACAAACCAGCCCAAGGGAUGCAUGAUGCCAGAAAUGCAGUAGUAGCUAUACAGAUGGAACAGGUGAAAGUGAACACUUCAGGAAGGGCCUUUUUGUAGUAUCUUGAAACCAGGAUCUUCCAGAAACAUCAAGGCUGUAAUUUUCAAGGCCUCAGCCUUGACUCGAGCCUCUGAAAAUAACCCUGAAUAUGUAAAAAAGUGCAUUUCUGGUUUUAGUCCCUCCUCAAGAACAAAACCCCUUUCAUUUCAUUAAAACUCCUUACAGUGCUAGGAAGUCUUUUACUAACCAUGUAAAUACAUUAAAUAAGUGCAGUUAAUCCAUUUGUACAAACAAAUUGUAUGUGUGUGCAUGGAACAUUAGGUACCAUCUUCUCCAGUUUUACCUAGGGCCACAUCUUGGUUUUAUUCACAAGUGCUUUAGAUACUGGAAUAACUCCUACAUUUUGCUCAGUCAUUUGCAAGAGCGAAUGGUUUGAUUCUUGAGUGUGACAGUGCCCCUGUGACGAAACGAUAAAUAAAAUCAAGUCCUCUCCCUAAA